CUCAUCCUGCUCAUCGCUGGUCUUGUCCCUUGCGCUGUUGCUUGCUAUGUCCCUGUUCCUCGGCCGCAGCCGGGCUCUGGCUGGCUCGCUCGCCGCCUUCCUCCAUAACCGGCGCGGCGGCGCCGUGCACUGCUAGCCGCCGCCGCCGCGGUGUCUGAUGGUGGGGUGGUCAUGCGGAGGAGGAGGGGGCGCUUUCGAUUCCCUCCGGAUUGUUUGCGCAAAAUUAGCAAAUCUCGAGGUGUUUCUCUGUCCGGCCGGUCGUUCCGUCCCCGAGUUGAGCAUGAGUAACCGUUUUGGCCUCUUGCGCCACCACCACCACCCUCACGCUCACGGACGGGUCAAGUACACCCUCCUGCUCGCCGCCUUCCUCGCCGCCCUCCCGCCGUCUCCUGCUCCGCCGUUUCGUCCUCUAGCUUUGAGGCAGGCAGCCCUGCCCAAAGCCCGGUGGCAUUUUUUUUUAUUCCCCUCCCUCUUCCCUGGCUGCAAAUUGCAAAGUGGGACGUGCACUGACUCAAGCAAGCCACCAUGAGGUUGCUGCUGCCGUCAUUUCCCUCGAUCGCCCAAAGCUGGCCUGGCCGGGCGUGGAGGGUGAUGCGGCCGGCCUUGGAUUGGAGCGCGCCUCGCGGCAGAAACGCCAAAGCAUUCCAACAACCCACCGGGUGAGUCAUGACCUCACUCACUCACUCACUCGUUGGUGUUUAUCCUCCCUCGCAGUCGCAGGUAGAAGCAGAGCGGGCCUGACAGGAUGCCGGAGAAGAAGAGCGGCGACGAGGAGGGGCGCGGCGGCGCCUUCUGCGGCGAGGCGGUGAUCGCCGAGUUCGAGGCGCUCAGUCGGGACGCCGCCGCCGUGCAGCGGGAGACGCUGCGCCGGAUCCUCGCCGAGAACGCCGCCGCCGAGUACCUCCGGGGCCGGGGCCUCGCCGGCCGCACCGACCCGGACAGCUUCCGGGCCUGCGUGCCGCUCGCCACGCACGCCGACGUCGAGCCCUACAUUGCGCGCAUCGCCGACGGCGACGCCUCCGCCGUGCUCACCGCCGGGCCCAUCACCUCCAUCUCCCUCAGCUCCGGCACCACGCAGGGGAAGCGCAAGUACCUGCCUUUCAACCAGGAGCUCGUCAAGUCCACCAUGCAGAUAUACCGGACUUCCUACGCCUUCAGGAACAGGGCGUUCCCCGUGGAGGACGGCAAGGCGCUGCAGUUCAUCUACGGCAGCCGGGAGUUCACCACCAAGGGCGGCCUCACGGCGACCACGGCCACCACCAACGUGUACCGGAGCCAGGAGUUCAUGCCCACCAUGCGCGCCAUCCAGUCGCAGGCGUGCAGCCCGGACGCGGUGAUCUUCGGCCCGGACUUCGCCCAGUCGCUCUACUGCCACCUCCUCUGCGGCCUGCUCUUCGCCGACGAGGUCCGCAUCGUCUCCGCCACCUUCGCGCACAGCGUCGUCCUCGCCUUCCAGACCUUCGAGCGCGUCUGGGAGGAGCUCUGCGCCGACAUCCGCGCCGGCGCGCUGUCCCCGACGCGGGUCACCGCCCCCGCCGUCCGCAAGGCCGUCUCGGCGCUCCUCGCCGCGCCCAACCCGGCGCUCGCCGACGAGGUGGCGCGCCGGUGCGCCGCGCUCAGCAACUGGUACGGCGUCAUCCCGGCGCUGUUCCCCAACGCCAGGUACGUGCACGGCAUCAUGACGGGGUCCAUGGAGCACUACGUCAAGAAGCUCCGCCACUACGCCGGCGGGCUGCCCCUCGUCGCCGCCGAGUACGGCGCAUCCGAGGGCUGGGUCGGAGCCAACGUCGAGCCCGAGACGCCGCCGGAGUCCGCCACAUUCACCGUGCUCCCCAACAUCGGCUACUUCGAGUUCAUCCCGCUCAAGGCCAGCGACGACGGCGCCGCCGCCGCCUCCGACACCUCCUUCGCCGAGGCGGAGCCAGUCGGCCUCACGGAAGUCACCGUCGGCGAGCACUACGAGGUCGUCAUGACCACAUUCGCAGGGCUGUACCGGUACCGUCUGGGCGACGUGGUGAAGGUGGCCGGGUUCUACAACUCGACGCCCAAGCUCAAGUUCGUGUGCCGGCGCAACCUGAUGCUGACCAUCAACAUCGACAAGAACAGCGAGCACGACCUGCAGCUCGCCGUGGACAGCGCGGCCAAGAUCCUGGCGGCGGAGAAGCUGGAGGUGGUGGACUACAGCAGCCACGCCGACGUGUCGCGCGACCCGGGCCACUACGUCGUCUUCUGGGAGCUCAACGCCGACGGCAACGACGACGUGCUGCAGGGCUGCUGCGACGAGCUGGACCGGGCGUUCACGGACCCCGGGUACGUCGGGUCCAGGAAGGCCGGCGCCAUCGGGCCGCUGGAGCUGCGGGUGCUGCAGCGGGGCACGUUCCAGAAGGUGCUCCGCCACUACCUCUCCCACGGCGCCCCCGUGAGCCAGUUCAAGUCGCCGCGCUGCGUCGGCCGGAGCAACGCCGGCGUCCUCCAGAUCCUCUCCGGCAACGUCGUCAAGGUGUUCUUCAGCGCCGCCUACGACUGACGACGACGCUGACGGGCGCGGCGGCGACGCCGGGAGGGGGAGGAUCGGAGGAGACGACGCAUGCGGCUGACAGACGGCGACGCAGCGAGCAGCAACUGAUCAUCAUCAGGACAUCAGGCUGUUGCCGUUCAGCAGCCUCAGCAGGAUAUGGAUGCAGUAGUGAUCUAUGAUCUGUAGCCAAGUAGCCGCGCCUGCCGGCCAUGUGUUGUGUUGUGUAACUACCAAAUCUGCAUGACGCAUCGCAUGUGGUCUGUUAAUUUGCAACAAGUAGCUAGUGUCGUUGAAUCGAGUGAAAUAAACCUGUUAAUUAUUAAUCUAUCUUUCCUCCUGUA